AUGGUCGUGACCAACACUGCCGUAUCCGAUAUCAAGAAUCUGCUGGAGGUCAGCACAGCGAUUCGGGCCAAAGUCGCUGCGAAUAUGGCUUACCUCCUGAUCCACAGUGCUAGACAGGAGUAUAGUCGUCUAGAGCGUACUGCAUUCGCGCUCAAGAACUUUCCGGCCGAUCUGUUCGAAGCUACCAAGAUUUACGCUGAGAAUCUUAGACUUCCGAGUCGAUCACAGAACAGUGCCUUCAUCUUCCAUCAGUGGCAGGAUCCAGCUUGGAUGUACGACUUCGCAGCACUGUACUUGACACACCAUAAGAUAUUUGCGGUGCCUCUAUCGUUUUUUAUGAGCGAUACCUCCAUCCUGGCCAACCACCGACGACGCCUGGUCCUCUUGUACUGCCUGGCCUGCAGACAGUCACCCCAGGAAGCUAGCUGCCUGCCUGUACAUCUACAUCUACCAGAUUGGUACCGGAGGGGCAAUCGUUUCCCACAAUUCCUGUCGUUCACUGCCUGCAGAGAUGCUAUCACCAACGAGUUUGCUGGCAUGUUCUCUGAACAGUUUCAAGAAGCCAUGUUGAAUCGAGCGACUUAA